CGGAGCGGCUGGCUGCGGGCUGCCCCUGCCCCGCUCCCGGCGCUGCCCGCGGCGGGGCGGGCGGGCACGGCGGCGAGCCCAGGCGAGCCAGGGAGCGGCCCGGCCGCCCCCGGGGAAGGCUCUGCUCAGGGGAGCUGCGGGGGGAGGCGGCUGGCACAGACGCCGAAGCUCCGCCGCCCACCCCCCGGCACCGCCGCAGUCUGCCCAGCGCCGGCAGCCCCGGGAGAUGGUGACACAUGAAGCGUGCGGGAAGGACCAUGGUUGAGAGGACCAGCAAGUUCUUGCUGAUCGUGGCCGUCUCCGUGUGCUUCAUGCUUAUCUUGUACCAGUACGUGGGGCCGGGGCUGAGCCUGGGUUCUCCCAGCGGCCGCUCCUACUCGGAGGAGCUGGACCUCUUUCCCACGCCGGACCCGCACUACGUGAAGAAGUAUUACUUCCCCGUGCGGGAGCUGGAGCGGGAGCUCGCGUUCGACAUGAAGGGCGAGGACGUGAUCGUCUUUCUGCACAUCCAGAAGACCGGCGGCACCACCUUCGGCCGCCAUCUGGUGCAGAACGUGCGGCUGGAGGUGCCCUGCGACUGCCGGCCCGGGCAGAAGAAGUGCACCUGCUACCGGCCCAACCGCAGGGAGACCUGGCUCUUCUCACGCUUCUCCACGGGCUGGAGCUGCGGGCUGCACGCCGACUGGACCGAGCUCACCAACUGCGUGCCCGGGGUGCUGGACCGCCGGGAGAGCGCCGCGGCCAAGACUCCCAGAAAAUUUUACUACAUCACUCUGCUGAGAGACCCCGUAUCUCGUUACCUCAGCGAAUGGCGUCAUGUUCAACGAGGAGCUACUUGGAAGACCUCCUUGCACAUGUGUGAUGGCAGGACACCAACUCCUGAAGAGCUGCCCUCGUGCUACGAGGGCACGGACUGGUCGGGCUGCACGCUGCAGGAGUUCAUGGAUUGCCCGUAUAAUUUAGCCAACAACCGCCAAGUGAGGAUGUUGGCUGACUUGAGCUUGGUGGGCUGCUACAACAUGUCCUUCAUCCCAGAGAACAAGCGAGCACAGAUCCUGCUGGAGAGCGCAAAAAAAAACCUCAAAGACAUGGCCUUCUUCGGCCUGACAGAGUUCCAGAGAAAGACUCAGUACCUGUUUGAGAGAACUUUUAACCUGAAAUUCAUCCGACCCUUUAUGCAGUACAACAGCACGCGGGCGGGCGGGGUGGAGGUGGACAACGACACCAUCCGCAGGAUCGAGGAGCUCAAUGACUUGGACAUGCAGCUCUAUGACUAUGCAAAGGACCUCUUCCAACAGCGCUACCAGUACAAACGGCAGCUGGAGAGGAUGGAGCAGAGGAUAAAGAACCGGGAGGAGAGGCUUCUUCACCGGUCCAACGAAGCGCUUCCCAAGGAAGAGACCGAGGAGCAAGGACGUUUGCCCACUGAGGACUACAUGAGCCAUAUUAUAGAGAAGUGGUAGCCUAGGCAGACUUUUAUAUUAAUGAUAUUCUAGGGUUUCCAUAUAAGAGAUCGUGGAAGUAAAAUUACAAAAAAAUAUAAAAAAAACAAAAAAAAACAACAACAACAAAAAAUAUUUUAUUUAAAAACAAGUCUGUAAAACAGAAGAUAAAUUGCUUCCUUGAGCAUAGGGUCUUUUUACUGUUUCUUACAAGACCGAUGAGAUUCUUAAAAAAAAAUAAAUACAUAAAAAUAAAAAAAAGGGUCAACAUUCUAAUGCAGAGAUAAAAAUUGCAUAAAUGCAGUUACCAACUCAUAAGUCCAAAUACAGAAGAACAUUUCUUAUCCUCACGAUUUUAACACAAAUGGCAGAAGUUGGAUUUUUUAAAAUCUGUUUGUCCCCUAAGUGAUGAUCUAAAGAUACAUAAUUAAAAAACAAGGAAACAGAGGUUUUCUUUUGUGGGGGAGGUGGGAUGGGAAUUGCAUUGUUUGUCAGUAACUGAUAAUGGUGACUAAGUUGAGGAUGGUCCAUCCUGUCAGGCUGGGAUGUGAGCACACAAACAUUCAGCUGGCAGCCACUGCCAGAAAGUAGAGCACCAUAAAAAAAAAAAGAAAACCAGUCAGAGGAUGAGAGACAUUAAAGCAAUGAGAGACAAUGGCCUGGGAAAUGUACUUAGCACAGUGGUUCUGAUUCAUUGCACUGGUAUCACAUAUACAUACACAGCUUCGUCACAAAAAUAAUGGGGAAUUCAUACACAAAACUCCCAGAUUUGUUUCCCAGACAGGUCCCAAAACAAGUUAAAAGCCAACCAUAGACUCAAACCUGUGUUCAUAUGUUAGCCUGUCAGCUUAUACCACUACCACUCAAGCCACCAUCAGUAUUGUGCAUUAACAGCACACAAAAACCCUAUCCAACAUACUACAAAUUAAAAAAAGGAAGAAAAUUUUAAAUACUCCUUCAUAAAUCUGCAAAAAUUUCAGAGCCUGCAAAUGAUCAGUCAUUACUGGGAAUGUGAUGAGGGGGUGAUUUUGUUUUGUUUGUUGCUAUGUGAAAUACUGACCCAGAAUAAGCAUACAGAAGUACUCUAGCUGUAUUAUUUCCGUUAUUUUUACUUGCUUUUAUCAAGAGGUAAUGGGCAUCAACCUGCUUCCAGUGAAGUCACUAGAACUGAUUUAAGUGGGAACAGGAUGGGGCUCUUUUCCAGAGCUAUGAAAAUUUCUGACUAUAGGCCUGAAUUAAUAAUGAGACAGUGCACAUUGUCUUUUGGCAGGGUGCCUGUUCUGCGGCCCUUACUUUAAAUGAACAAGCUGUGCUCAUAAAACUGGAAAGGGGAAUCAUGGAUAGUGUUUUUUUAGUCUCAGACCACUCUCAAAGCAGAACUCUUUCAAUGCUUUUUUUUAGGGCCUCAUGUAAGUUUAAUCCUCCAGUGUGGGUACAGUCUAACCAGGUUCUGCUCGAGUCAUAGAACAACAAUGACAUCUCUAAUUCCUCUUCCCACUCACCAAAUUAAAAUAUGGCUUAUUUUUUUGAUGCUGCAAGCACUUCUUUGUUUGGCUGGAAGCACAGAAAUGAAGUAGUUUUUGCCUGGUUCAUGUCUCACUCCGUUGUUACUCAGCCUGUAAGACCUGAACCUGCUAUUGUUUAGGAUAAACUCUGAACCAAAUGGAAUAUGAUUUGAUUUUCAAAGGCCAUGUUAACUGCAGAUCAAAUCUGGCAUUGAAAUCACUGGAGGAGAGGCAGAGUGCUGAUUCAUUCAACUUUAGCAUGCCAUUUUUACAGCAUCCCUUUCCCAUCACACAAAUUCACUGCUGUGCUGCUCGGUUUGUGCUUUAAUUCUUUCUCUGCCUCUGUGCUCUGUUUCCAGCAGUUUCAAGUUCAGACUGAGUUUUGCAAAGGAGGGGCUCCUUUAUUCUCUGUGCACACCCUGGGGGAUACACCUUGCUUUUGGAGACAUUCUUCUCCUGAAAAGUAAAGACAACUAAAAACUUGAGAAGAGAAAAUACAUAGAGCACUUAGGGCUCAAACACAACUCUGUUACAGCCCUGAGCCAGAGUCAGAGGCUGUCUUUCCUGUUGAUUUCAGGUGGAUUUUGGUCAGGUCUGCAUCCUGCUGCUGCAGAGGGCACAAGCACACACUCACCUGUCUGCAGUCACAGCGGGACAUGGUCACCCACACGUUUGGCUGGUACCAGUAUGUGCUGGUGUUGUCCAUGUCUUUAAGGCUGUGUCAGUGCUUCUGACACAGAAUGGCUCCUGUUCCCAGAAAUGUGUAGCCUGGACAUAAGCAUUUCCUCCUGGAUGAAAAUUGGGAAGCAAAAUGAAGCCUUAUUUGGUGGUUGGCUUGGGGGCAGAGAAGGUAUUACAAGUCCAUUUGCUCAUCUCUGAAUUCCAAGACUGGGAGAAGCUGUGUCUGCUAGUUGCCAGCACUUUUACACUUUGCUGUAACUAAAGAAAACAUUUGUAUUUUAAAAAUGCGACUUUACAGGCUGUUUACCCACAAAACCAGCACACGAGAUAUAGAAAAAGCGACUGUUCCACAUGCACAGUUUCCACCUUUCCUCAAAAGCUUUUCAGGGUGUGUCCUGUGUCAUGGAUCCAUAACGCACAAGUGAUUCCUGCAGCUAAUCUCUGUUGGUGUCACACUGCUGGGACUGUGUGUGAUUCAGACCAGUAUUGUGAUUAGGCUGUGUCUGCCUGAGCUGUCCCUGUGUUACAGGCUCUGAGUAACCAGCUGGAUGUUAAUGAAUCUGUCUUCAGGGUUGUCUAAAUCAGAAGCAGCCUCUGACCUUAGAAGCAUGUCAGUAGAGGACCUUGUUCCAACAUUUUCUUUGUAAUAUAUUGCAGUAACAAGCAGAAGAAAUGAAAUUAUAUUGCAAACUGUCUUUGGUUAACAGUUUCAUUUCAACCACAAAAGAAGGGCUGAUCUCACUUAGUACUGAGGCAGAAGUUUCUAGAUUUAAAUUCUGCACCCAGCAAUUGCUUCAGUUUUUCCACCUCUACACUGGGAGGAAUUUAGGGACUCUAAAAGGGUACUCCAAGGUAUGAAAAGUAUAGGGCACUUUGAAACAGAUUCUGAGUAAUGGAAAUGGAUCACCCAAAAGCCAUCCCUCACCCUGGCUGCUGUGCUGGUCUGCCUCUGGCUGUGAGCCAUGUGUUAAUUUAUUUUAAGUGGUGUGCACCAGAACAUGGGUUGCAGGAUGUACCUGGCACUAUCUUCUUCCUUUAGUGGGUGCAAAGGAACUUUUUUAACAUAAUGUGAAUGUAGAUUUUUGUGAUUUAUAUGUACCACACUUUGAAGUGGUACUGUUUCUUUUCUUUUUAGGACUGAUAUUUUGAUGCUACAAUAACAUGAAAAGUGUGUGUGUAGUUUUAAAAUGAAUGGAGAAUAAUGGCUUUAAGGCACUCUGGCAGAAGUAGUGGCCAGAUAGUAGAUUCUUGUUCAAUAUCUGCCCCUUUCUUCCAAAAUGUUUUUCCUGUGACUUCCAGACACACCAAGACCUUCUUCAGUACAUGAAAUAUUUCUUCAGGGGGUCUGUCAGUACAUCAUGAUCCAGGUCAGGUUAAGAGAGUUCUGGGAGCAGGCAGGUAUGAGAUUGGACUUGUCUCUUAGGGACUUCUUGACUUCUUAGGGCUAAGAUGUCAGUUUGCUUUUAGUCACCUUUUAGUCAUGCUUUAGCAUCACUGCUUGGUGGGCAUUGUUGCUGAAGAAAACAUUUUCUUGCUGGUUUGUCUCAUCCUAGUUAGCUCUGUUGAAGGAGUUUGCCUCAUUGAAAGUUUUCCAGACAGUCAGGUGCCACCUUGUACCCUGUCCAGGUCACAGAAUGCAGGAUUGACUGCUAAGGUUGCCAGCCCAGGCUGUCACGGGGUUCAAAGUCAUCAACAAAACAAAAAAACAAAACAAAACAAAACAAAACAAAAAGUCAGCAAAGGAUCUGUGCAAAUUUCUUGUCUGAAUUUUUCCCUUUAUACCCAACAUUUUGGAAUAAAUGAGGAGAAUUUCAGUUGAUGUUUUUGCAUCCCACAGUCCCUUACUCGCUUACAAAACUGGGAUGACAAAGCAGCAUAAGAAGGAUCCCAAUAAGGAUUUGACUCCUCUGUCCCAGGGCUGUUAGAGCAACACAGAGCAGUGCAGUUGCUGAGUGUGACCAAGGCAGAAGGGCUCCCCAGUGGCAGCACAAUUAGGAAGUCUUCCCUCUAAGCCAAUCAAGUCACUUCACAGAGAGCAGUGGACAGCUACAGAAGGUGAUGAUAUCAUCACAGCACAGGGCCUGACCAGGCUCAUGUCUUGGGGUUAAAAGCAUCUCUAGUGUCUUUCUGGCGUUCAGAGUUACCCAAACCCCCUCCUAUGCCCUAGACUUUUCCAGUCAUCACAAAAAAGGGGUAGCACUACAGGAAUUCACCACCCAAACUGUGCUUAAAUACUGUAUUCCCAGAGCUAUAGCUUGGCAUGCAGCUGACACUGCUGGAUUCAAAUCACAGGGCUGGCUGCAUCCUCUUUUUAGUCAUGUUCCAGAGGCAGAAGUGAGCAUGGGAUUCACUGCCUGAUUAGGAGUAUUCCAAGCCUUUAUAGCACAGGUCAGUGAGCAGCAGCUCAGGCAAGACAGGGCACACAAUCCCAGCUAUCCAUGGCUGUUUGCUUUACCCCAUCCACAAGAAUUCUACCAAGGGGAAUGCAGCCCUGAUAAGCACAUGGGUGUUAAAGCCUGUGUUGUCCCAGCUCUAAGUAAUUCUUAGCCAUGCAAGCUGAAAAAAACCCCAACAUUUGCAAAUGGGUCUGUCUCCUCAGAACCCCACAAUUCCCCCUCCAUGUUCAAUUCCCCCAGGUGUCUGUUCUGGAGACUGGAUUGAGAGAGUUGUAUUAUAAUGAAUAAUUUUAUAUUCAAAGGGUUUACUGAGCAUGAUUUGUUUUGUACAUAUUGGAAUAUGAUUUAACUUAUUUUUAUUGCCCCUUUUAAUCUUUUUUUUUUUUUUCCCAUAAGGAGAAGACAAAAAUCCUCAUCCUCUCUCAAUGUGAAGUUCCUACGUGUUUAUGUGUAGUUCUGCCAGUCUACACACACCAGGCAGAGGAUUUCUCACUGUCCCUACAGCUAUCUGAUUUUGUUUUUUAUUGUCAUUUCUAUUCAUCUGGGACUUUGCUUAUUUUGUCUCUUCCUUCCUCUCUGCUGCACAGUCUGCACAGAGCAGGGAAAGGGCAAUGCAGGCAGGAUUUUCUCUUCCUUUCCCCUUUCUUGUGUGCUUUACUUACCAAGGAACUCCGUUCCUCCAGGAGUUGUGUGACUGAGGGUAAAAAUAAACAACUGUCCUCCCACCUGCCUUCCAUCCUCCAUACUGUAGCUCAAACAGAUUCAGCUUCUCUGAAAGUGAUUGUGGCUGGACUCAUUCCAUUGGGCUGAAUGCAUAUUGUUUGCAUUUCCCCCCCCACUUCAGGAACUUAAAAACAACAAAAAAUAAAAGGCAACGGUUUGACUUGAGCCAAGUAACACUUAAAGCUCUAUAUAUUUAUUUAUAGCAUCUUACAAAAAGUGCUAAAGGGUUUUUUCUUCCACAAGAAAAAUAUAAUUUUAAAAAAUCAUCUAAUUGUUUUUGUCUAGAUCAAAGAUGAAUGUUAGCAGAUGAAAUAAACCCUAAAACUGAG